AUGAGGAGUUCAUCUAUGGAUUUGCUAAUAGCGGGUUGUGAUGACCGACGAACGGUGAUGAUUGAAAUGGAUGGAAAGGAAAUCCCUGGCGAGCAACUAGAAAGAGCCAUGGAUGAAGGCCUGCAUGCCAUUGAGAAGGUUUUAUCUGCUAUGGAUAAACUGCGUGGCAUGGCUGGAAAAGAGAAGGCUGAGUUCACUAUUUCCACUUUUCCAACCGAUGUUGAACGUGAGGUACGGGCCCUAUGUGAAGAGCGUUUAUAUUACAUCUUCACGGAUCCAUCGCACGACAAAAUUUCCCGUGACGAGGCUAUCAACGAAGUUGGAGGAGAUGUAGUGAAUUCUAUAAGCGAACAAGAUCCCUCUCUGAUUCAAGCAAUUUUUCGUGAUGUCACCAAGAAAGCUUUACGGCUAGUCUUGCUGAUCCUCGAAAACAACAUGCGGUGUGACGGUCGUGGGCUGACAGACGUACGGCCUAUAACCAUCGCCGUUGACGUGUACAAGCGACUACAUGGCUCAUCGUUGUUUCAGAGAGGUCAGACUCAGGUAAACUGUUUUCGGUUUAUGUGA